AUGAGAGAUGGAGUUGAGUGCUUCAUGUUGUUUGUCGCCCUGAUUGUUGAGACAGAGAGGGCCAUCACUGGGAUUGAGAUUGUCAGUGAGUUUCCUGAGGUGUUCCCAGAUGAUGUGCCGGGAUUGUCACCUAUGCGUGAUGUUGUGUUUAGCAUUGAUCUGUUGUCUGAGGUGAGGUUUUUGGGGUAUGUGAUAUUGACAGAGGGAAUUGUAGUGGAUCCAGUCAAGGUGGAGGCUGUGAUUCAGUGGGAGCGUCCGAGGACUAUUACGAAGAUUAUGAUUUUUGUUGGGUUAACGGGUUACUAUCAGAGAUUCAUAGAGUUUCUCUAG